AUGCUGGCGUACGGCCAAGUCAGCCAAAACUGGCCCCAGAUCGGCAAGGUGAGGCGUUUCUCGUAUCUGUUGGACAAGGACGCCACAGAUAUGCAGGUCGGCACACUUCAGUCAAGGCGGCCAUCAUAUCUGGCUCGCUAUUGGGGCCACUUUUCUUGGGGCCAGUUUCUAUGUUUAAAAGCCAUGCUCAUCGUGCGUGAGCGCCUUCUCGUUCUUUCUCCUCGUGUGUCCGCGUCGGCCAUGGGCAUUGGCGCCGCCCUCAUCCGAUCUGAACAGAAAUGA